CUCAUUAGCGUGCGUUUCUUGUCAUCUAUCAUACUUAAAAAACAGAACCAUGUUCUCUGUUCUAGUCUGUCCGACACUUCAGGAUCACAAGUUUCAAGGAUAUUUCAGAGAGGUUACAACUUCUUUCUAUAUAUACACACACUUAACUCAUCAUUUCUAUCAUCAACCAACAACUUGUAUAUCUUCAGAAGCUUCGAAAGAAUUCAAACUUUCAGACAAAGAAAUUGAAAUGGCUUUGGUGAGAAGUCUAUUGGGAGCAAAGAAGAUUCUAAGCCGCUCCACCAGAGCAGCCUCAGCGACGGCGGCACCAAAAGGGUUUCUUGCAGUGUACGUUGGAGAGAGCCAAAAGAAGAGAUAUUUGGUGCCAAUCUCAUACCUAAACCAGCCUUCAUUUCAAGCUCUGCUCAGUAAAUCCGAGGAAGAGUUUGGAUUCGACCAUCCGAUGGGUGGUUUAACGAUUCCUUGUCCUGAAGAUACCUUCAUCAAUGUGACUUCUCGGCUCCAAUGAUGAUAUUUAAAAGAUAAACUAAUGUAUAAUAUAGGUUAGCUUACAAAACUCAAAUGUGAAAACCAAAUUUUGUGUACGAAACAAUGAUGUCAAUAUGAAUCACAGAUGGUCAUUUGACAAAAACUUCAUCUUGCUGUUGUAUAUAAACAAAGUCUGCGGCGAGAAAUUAAGUUGUGAGAGCUAGCGUAUAUAUGUUUUUGCAUCCGGUAGACAAAAACCAUUUUAUACCUUCA